AUGGAGGGGCGCCAGGGCGAAGCAAGCACCUUCCGGCCUGACCGGGGCUUUCUUGGCAACCUUGCGCUGCCAACAGACAGUAUGCCAACGCAGCACCCAGCUCCAGGCAGCACCAUAUCUCAGCAGCAGCAGAAUGCGCCUGGAUAUGAUUCCCUUGAAACACAGCAGUAUGACCCCACUAACCAAGGCGACGGCUACUGGGAACGUCCCAUUCACAAUAUCCAGCAUCAGCCACAGGGUCCUCCAAACGCUGCAUUUGCUAAUCCAGGGCCGGAUGCUCCGCGGUACGAGCAGGGAGGCCUUCCUCACGUGCAAGCCUCAUCAAUGCCUGGGGGACAACCACCGAUGACGGCUACACCAGAAGCUGUGGAUGCACCAACCACAAAGAAGCGUGGCCGCCCUGCGGGCAGCAAGAGCACAAAGACCCCAGCGACCAAGAAGAAGACAGACAAAGCACCAGCCAUUGAUCCGGAGCUUCUGCAGGAAGCUCAAAGCCGCCUUUGGAAGGACGAGUGGAUUCAUCAGCUCAUCGAGCAACGAGCCUUGAUGCAAGCUCAAUUUGAUGCGCCCAAGCAGGGCGUUGACUUGUGGACUAGGGUGGCCACCGAGGUUCUAGCUAACUGUCCAGACUUCAACAAGAAUGCCGAGUCCUGCAGGAAGAGGUUUGCCAAGGAGCUCAAGGACUAUCAACUCGACAAAGCUCAGAAUGCUAAGUCCGGUCACGAUAGGGGCGACCGGUCCAAGUUCUAUGACACAAUGGACUCUCACUUUGCGGGAAAGGCCACCGUUCACUGUGUUGCCCAUGCGGAUUCGGAGGCGGUGGUCGACGUCCCCUCCGGUGAGUCGGAGGAGAAGCCUUCUUCAAGCGGCCACUCUUUGUUGGAUUCUAGAGGGAAGAGAAAGCGCGGCGAGAAGAGAGAAAGCAGACACAAUUGGCAAAUGUAAACAAGCCUUGCAUAAUUCAAUGACCAAUUUUGG